AUGUCUGGAAAGCGAAAAAGAGUUGUUCUUUCGCUAGGAGACAAAGGAAAGAUUUUGAAGAGGCUGAAAAAUAAUGAAGCCGCUUCAAAAUUAGCAGCGGAGUUUGGUGUAGGAAAGUCUACAAUAUCAGAUAUAAAAAAGAAUGAAGAAUCAAUUAUGAAGUAUUUAACGGGACUUGAAAGUGAGCAAGGAAGCUUAGAUAGAAAAUCGAUGAAAAAAUCCUUUGAUGAUAAAGUAGGUAAAGCUUUGCACAUGUGGUUUUUGCAGAAACGCUCAUCUGGUCAUCCCAUUUCUGGACCCUUAUUAUGUGAGAAGGCACUAUUUUUCAACGAAAAGUUGAAUGGAGAAAAUACUAAUACAUUUCAAGCAAGCUCUGGGUGGCUUAGAAAUUUUAAGCUACGGCAUGGUAUACGCGAAAUCGGAUUGCAUGGUGAAAAAUUAUCUGUAUCUACAGAGUCUGCUACGAAAUUCGUAAAAGAAUUUAUUGAAUUUGUAAAAUCAGAAAAAUACGAAGAAGAAUUUAUUUACAAUGCAGAUGAGACCGGCCUGUUUUGGAGAUCUUUACCCCGAAAAACAUUAGCAUCUGGGUUCGAAAAAAGUGCUUCUGGAACUAAAUUAAACAAAGAAAGAAUCAUAGUUCUUAAUUGCGCAAAUGCAACCGGUAACCAUCGAAUACCAUUGUUCGUGAUAGGACAUUCAAAGAAGCCUCGAUGUUUUAAUAAUUGGAAAAAUCUGCCAGUAAUUUACACUUCUCAAAGAAAGGCUUGGAUGACAUCAGAAGGUUUCAUUGAUUGGUAUGAUCACACAUUCAUUCCUAAAGUUAAGACACAUCAAGAAGAUAUGAAGAAAGAGGGCAGAGUACUCCUACUUCUUGAUAAUGCACCUUCACAUCCGUGUGCAGAUACCCUUGAACGGGAAAAUGGGAAGUUCCGAAAAGCAAAUGUUGAGAAAGAUGCUUCUAUCAGAAGACACUGA